UGAGUCAGACUGACGCUGAUUGGCUGACUGCAGAAGAGGAAGUGAAAGCUUGUUGCGCUGCUUCUCUGAGUUCUCUUCUCCUGAGGCUUUAAAGUGCGAGGAGAAGUUCUUCCCUCCAGACUGAAGACUCAGAGUUUGACUUUAGAGAUGAACCGACGAUAACAGCUCGUUCACUUCCGGGUGUGUUGGAGCACUUGUUGGUUUUCUUCACAAGCAAACAGCAAACAGGAAGCGAUGGAUCAUGCACGAGCACAGGACGCGCAUCAGAGCAAGGCCUCCAUGUUGUGGCACAGGGACUGUAGUGAUGAUUCUGAUGACAUGAAGCACACUCACAACUCUCUGUCUUCCUCUCAGGACGAGACGAGGCCGAUCAGAAGAGUACAGAGUCCCACCAGACCCGGGGCCUGGUCGUCCAAUCCUUACAAACCAAAGUUCAGAGGGAAAUUCUACAAACCUCGUUUUGCGAGGGAUGACCACUCGUUCCACAAACCUGGCUUCGUAAACAAGAGGCAGCGCCACCUCAGCCAACGGGUCUACCCCGACCAGAGAGAUCACUUCCAGCCCAAACCUCACCACAGCGCUCAGAGGGAGCGAGAGAAGGAACGGUACGGGUGGAGAUCGAGCGCUGAAGGAAGUUCAUGCCCAAAACAAAGCAACGCUUCCAGACUGUUCCUGCCCAGGUCCACCUCCAGCAGAGACAAGGACACGCAGUUCGCUGUUUGUCAGAAGAACAGGAACCACAGCAGGGAGAGAGAUCACAAGGGAACCAAGAGCAAAGAAAAGGAACAAAGCCGAGACCGGGAGCUUCCUUUAACUGUGAACCAGACGACGACACGAGACAGAGCCAUCCAGCAGAAGAGGAGAGAGAUAGAUGAGGUGUAUUAUCAGGAGUGUGAGAUGUUUGGCCUCGUGACAAAGAUGCUCAUAAAAAAGGAACCGUCCCUGGAACUUCUCAUCCAGUCCUCGCUGCAGGAGAACCUGCGAGACAUUGGCAAGCGCUGCGUGGAAGCCAUGGAGAAAUUCAUCGAGGACUACGACUCCAGAGAGCCGUUGCACUAAUCGCACACAUGCUGCCGCCUGUCGUGUCAGCGUAGAUCCUCAUGGUAGAAAUGUUGGAAAUUUUUAUAUCGGGUGGUUCAGUACUUCUUUUUGGAUUUCAUUUGCAAUAAGUUCGCUCAUUAUUUUCUGCUGCCUGGAAACAGUCUCACUCUGAGCUCUGUCAGCAACACUGGAGAAGAAUGAAGAGGAAAUGUUUUUGAUUGAAGCAUUUCAUGCUGAUUCUAAUGUUGAAAAUGUGACUAUGAAAAAUGCACUAGCGCUUUUUUGCUUUAAAUCUCCUAAUGAAGAAGUAUUUUGACAUUCCAAGUGACGUGCUUAAUUUAUUCUCUUUCUUUUCAUUCAUUCAAAUGAGAACAAAGCAUAUUAAACAACAAAUGGCUAAAAAUAUCUUCAAUGUUUCAUUU